CUGUCACUCUUGGUUGACUCUUUCUUUUACUUUCCGGUUGUCAUCGUAUAGUAUAAAAGUUCGCACGAAAAUGUCUGACAUUGAAGUUGCCGCAGCUGCCCCAGUCGUUGAUGUUGGUGGCAAGAUGGACAUCAACACUGCUCUUCAAGAAGUUUUGAAGAAAUCUCUCAUUGCUGACGGUUUGGUUCAUGGUAUACAUCAGGCAUGUAAAGCUUUGGACAAACGUCAAGCUGUUCUGUGCAUUUUGGCUGAAAGUUGCGAUGAACCACAAUACAAGAAACUGAUCACCGCCCUUUGCAACGAACAUCAAAUUCCAUUGAUUCGAGUUGAUUCCAACAAAAAGCUUGGUGAAUGGUCAGGUCUCUGCAAAAUCGACAAAGAAGGAAAGGCACGCAAAGUGUGCGGCUCAUCCGUUGUGGUCAUUAAGGACUUCGGUGAAGAGACGCCAGCAUUGGACGUCGUCAAGGAUCAUUUGAGACAGUCUAGUUAAACGCCAAUAUGUAACACUGUUUUGAAUAUAUUGAGGAAAACCUA